AUGGCUGGUCGACACCAAUUUGACACAGAUGGCAGACCUAUUCUUUCUACAACUCAGCAAGUCAUUCACGGUCAAAUGACAAAUAUCCAAAAUAUUUCUGGAGUACAACAACCACCAAUGUCACUUCCUCCUAAUGCGAUUAUAAAUCAACCUGGCAUGUUGAGGCAUCCGGCCCAAAAUCCCAUUGAUGUUAUCAGGCCCGGGACGACUUCACCUAUUUCCAUUAGGCAAUCUACUCCCAAUAACAGACCUUCAACUACCUUGAAUUCAGAUGUUCUCAACAGAUCUGGACAGAAUCAGAUGAUUCCUAUGUUAAUCGACAAUCCCACAAAUAAUGUUCCAUCAAGGCCUCCGACUCCUUUGCCUUCCGUUCACUCGGUAAAUAUGCAAAAUAGACCUACCCCCGUGCCUCAAGUUAACCAAAUCUUCGGUCGACCUCAUAAUGUCGUACCCGCUACGACCAGUAGAUCUAAUUCACCAAGUUUGAUUCAACAAUAUGGUGUCAUGAUUAACUCAGCUAAUCGUUCACAAGCAGGAAAAAUAUUACCUCGAAGUAUGCAGAGGCCCAAAAUGCUAGAAAUGCCGAAACCCAAAUUGACUUUGAAGGCUGAAUUUGUUAUCACACCAUCAUCCAUUGUUGGUAAAAAGAAGUUAAAUGUGAUGAGGAUCAAAGGUCAGAAAGUGGAUCUUACAAAAUUAAAUGCGCCGGUCAAACUUCAUAGGAGAGAUCCCGAAGCACCUUCACAAAAUGGUGGUAUAAAUAAUCGCCAAAAUCAAAGUAUCAUCCCUGGGAACAAAUCGGUACAAAUAUUACCACCUACUACAGGAACUGCUGAUGCAUCAUUGAUAGCUCCCUAUGCGGGUGCAAGACAAAAUAAGAAAAACCUUUUCAAGAAGAAGACAACCCAAGUUUUUCUUGCUGAUCCAAAGUCGAGAGAGCUGAAAGCCGAGGAAAGUAUUCCAUGGGUAUUGGAAGAUUUUGGUGGUGAAAAUACGUUCGUUGGGGACUACAUAGGAGGUGACAGUGCAAAGUAUUGCAUCUUACUUAGACAGGGAGAUAAAUUCAGGGUCGUUCCGGUUCAUCGAUUUUACGAGUUUCAACGCAAACUUAAAAUUAGGACUCUGACUAUUGAAGAAGCUGAAGAACAAAUGGCUCGGGCAAAAAAGAUGGAUAACGAUCGCUGGUUGAUGAGAAGAUUUGGUAAAGGGAAGGAAACCGAAGAUGUUGCAGAGAACGAAGGCGGGAUAUACGAUCCCAAGUCUAGUAUUAGGACCGUAGAAGGAGAAGAUGAUUUGCAUGGUUCAGGUGAUGAACGCCGGCCGGCGAGAGAAGAGUAUGAGGAAGAGAUGGACUAUGAUGAAGUAUUUGAAGAUGACGAUGAGGGUGUUCCCGAUGAUGCCAACCCACUCUUUGAUGAAGAAACUAAAGAGGUGGGAAAACUUAAAGCAAAGGUUAAGCAUCCAUUCGAGAUUAAUGAUCCUUCGUUGUCCGAUAAUGGGGACGAGUUGACUACCGAAGGGAAACAAAUGAAGAAGUUGAUUAGGGAAUUAGAUGACAAUGAUGCAUAUGAAAGCGACCGAGAGUCAAAUCCAUAUGCUAGUGAAAGUGACGAGUUUGAAUCUGAAGAAAAUUCGUCUCCUGCCUCGAAGUCUCCACCUGCCACAGGAUCUACUACGACGACGCCAUCUGCUAAAACUGAGAAACCCAUGGAAAAAGGAAAAGGUUUAGCAACGAAAUCGAAGAUGACUGGCAAGUUAAUCGCUGCGAAAUCUAAGGCUCCUACGGGCUCCAAGAUAAAAAGUGUUGAAAAAACCCCGAAGCUUAAGGCCGCAGCAAAGCAGAAACUGGCGGCCCCUAAACAAAAUCCUCCAAUGAAAGGAAAGGGUGCCAUACCGGUUUCUGCUAAUGUUGCGAUCACUAGUUCUAAGAUAAAAACUCCUGAUGGAGCCAUUAAGCAGUUUGGAGAUGCUACAACUAAAACUUUGGCAAAAGAAACCAUCCAGAAACCAAAGUUAGUCAACCCUGCAUCUUCGUCAUCAACUUUAGCUGCUACUCCUAAUGUUGUCGGCAGACCGAAGACUACCUCCCUUACCUCUGGGAAAAGAUCUCUUCCAGGUGAUUCUACCUCGGAACCUGUUAAGCGCGCUCGUGUUGAUACGCAAUCUACUCGACCUAUUGAGAACAAAAAAUCUAUCAAGUCUACCAUAAAACGUGAAGACGAAGUUAGACCCGUUCCACCCGAAUCGGUCAAGAAACAAAAGGUUUCUACAAAGGUUUCCACUGUUGGAGAUUCCCUGCCGUCCAAUUCACGAGGGAGUUUGAUUUCCGAGGACGAAAUUAGGAACUUGAUCGUCACCAAAAAGGUCAAGGUGCCCGAUCUAAUUCUUCACUUUAAAAACAGAAUCAAAGAAGAUUCUCGUAACAAAGAUCGCCUUAUCUCAAUUACAAAAGAAAUCGCAACUUAUAAGGGUGAUUAUCUCGUCCUGAAGAGUUCAUAG